AUGGCAGAGCUCCCAGCUGGCUCGCCCAGCACCGCGGCGCCUGCUUCUCACACCGAGCCGCAAACACCAUCCCUUCAAGCUUCGGCCGAGCCGUCAUCGCCCAAGUUUCCGCAGCUUCAGAACACGGAAGACGACGCAAAUGAUGACUCCAAGCACGCCAAUGACACUGCCAAGGGUGGCGGCGGCGCAUCUGGUACAGGAGGCGGCGGUGGAGGCGGGACUGCGUCCGUCGACGAUCUUGACGGCGAACGCGCCGUCGCCGAGCCCUUUAUACGCACCGCGAGUCCCGAACCGAGCGUACGAACGAUAGAACCCUCUGGCGUCCCGACGACGCAGGAUAGCGGCGGGGAUCUGCGCUCCGAGGAUGGCCGCUACGAAGAAAGGGACGCCGGCGAAGGCCCGACCGCGAACCGCGACGACCGCAACCACGACGACGACGACGAGCCCACGUCCGAUAGACUCCUCUACAAGAUGCACAAGUUCAGUCUGUACGAGACAGCCAGCCGCUACUACGUCGUCGGUGUCGAUGUCAGCGAGAAGCGCUACCGCGUCCUCAAGAUCGACCGCACAACCGACGGCAGCGACUCGCCAAGCAUGACCGACGACAAGAUCGUCUACACGCUCAAGGAGAUGAACCAGCUCCUCGACACCAUCGACGACGGCAACAAAGGCACCGGCGGCGUCCGCCUGCGCUGCACCACCUGGGGUCUGCUCGGCUUCAUCCGCUUCACCGGCUGCCACUACAUGCUGCUCAUCACCAAGAAGAGCACCGUCGCCAUGCUCGGCGGCCACUACGUCUACCAGGUCGAGGGCACCGAGCUGAUUCCGCUGGCCAUGGGCAAGUCGUCCAAGCCCGAGGCCGCCGCGCGCAACAACAGCGCCGAGGAGACGCGCUUCCUCUCCAUCUUCAACGGCCUGGACCUGACGCGGUCGUUUUACUACAGCUACUCGUAUGACGUGACGCACACGCUGCAGCGCAACAUCAUGCGCGAGAGGGCCUGCAUGGCGCAGGGCAUCAUCCCGCAGACGGACGGCGAGCUCAACUCCAUGUUUGUGUGGAACAACUACCUGCUGAAGCCCAUCUCGGCCGCCAUCAAGAACCCGUUCGACUGGUGCCGCCCCAUCAUCCACGGCUACGUCGACCAGGCGGCCCUGUCCAUCUACGGCCGCACGGCGUACAUCACCGUCAUCGCCCGGCGGUCGCGCCACUUUGCCGGCGCGCGCUUCCUCAAGCGCGGAGCCAACGACCUCGGCUACGUCGCCAACGACGUCGAGACGGAGCAGAUCGUCGCCGAGUGCCAGACGACCUCGUUCCAUGCGCCCGGGCCCCGGCCCUACCGCAGCCCGCACUACACCUCCUACGUGCAGCACCGCGGCAGCAUCCCGCUACACUGGACCCAGGACAGCACCGGCGUCACGCCCAAGCCGCCCAUCGAGCUCAGCCUCGUGGACCCCUUCUACAGCGCCGCCGCCCUGCACUUUGACGACCUGUUCCGCCGCUACGGCGCGCCCAUCUACGUGCUCAACCUCGUCAAGGCCAAGGAGCGCCAGCCGCGCGAGUCCAAGCUGCUCGACGAGUACACCCGCUGCAUCGACUACCUCAACCAGUUCCUGCCCGCCGGCAAGAAGAUCAUCCACAAGGCCUGGGACAUGAGCCGCGCCUCCAAGGUGCGCGGCGGCGACGUCAUCGGCAACCUCGAGACCAUUGCCGACGACGUCCUCGCCGCAACGGGCUUCUUCCGCAACGGCGACGAUGACGACGACGACAGCGACGACAGCAACGGCAGCGACGAAGGCGUCACGGUUGCCGCGACACCGGUCAAGACCUCGCUGCAGCGCGGCGUCGCCCGCACCAACUGCAUCGACUGCCUCGACCGCACCAAUGCCGCGCAGUUCGUCAUCGGCAAGCGCGCGCUCGGCCACCAGCUGCACGCGCUCGGCAUCCUGGCCGACACGGCCGUCGCCUACGACACCGACGGCGUCAACCUCUUCACCCACAUGUGGCACGACCACGGCGACACCAUCGCCGUCCAGUACGGCGGCUCCCAGCUCGUCAACACCAUGGAGACGUACCGCAAGAUCAACCAGUGGACCAGCCACUCCCGCGACAUGAUCGAGAGCCUCAAGCGCUACUACAACAACUCCUUCCUCGACAGCCAGCGCCAGGAGGCCUACAACCUCUUCCUCGGCAACUACGUCUACCGCGGGCCCGGACAGCCCAUGCUCUGGGACCUCGCCACCGAUUACUACCUGCACCACUCGAACCCGCGCGACUGGACGCCCAACAAGAUUAGGAGCUACGUACACUGGUUCGACCCGGCGAACCUGCAGAAUGACAAAAUCAAAAUCAACAGCAGCAGCAGGGACGCGGCAGACGGUGCUGUGGUGCCGGCGCGGAGCAAGUCCAAGUCCAAGCCCGUCGAGUUCUUUGACGACUACUGGCUCGAGUACUACCGCCCGUCGACGCUCUCGUCAUUUCCCAAAAUGUUUGCCUUCAAGAUGAAUUCGACCAUUAAAUACAUUCCCUUAAAGUCCACCCAGGACGGCAAGUACGACCUCAGUCCCUUCCGCGUGCGCAUCGAGCAGCACGACGUCGACUCCGACAAGAAGAAGGCGGCAGCGGCCAAGAAGAGCGCCGUGACCGCUCCUCCGCACAAAACCGCCGGUUCUCCCCUCUCGCAAGUCGCCGCCGCGUCCGACGACGGGGUGUCCUCGCACAAGGUGGCGCCGCCGCCGGCCCGGGGCAUGUCACUCGGUCGCUGGCUGCACCCCACGCAGGAGAGGACGCUCGGGCUGGUACACGCCAUGGGCACGGUCGACGAGAUGGGCGCCACGGCCCCCAAGACGAAGCCGACGGCGCUGGAGAAGUCGACGGCCGAGCAGUGGACGUUCACCAAGGCGGUCAAGGACUCGCUGAACCCGUCGGUGGACCAGCACGAGGCCGACGACUACGCGCGGUACAUCCACCACCCGCAGAACCUGCCGCUUGUGGUGUCGAGCGACACGCCCGUCGACGUGGACUCGUCCGAGUACCAGGACUACGUCCACGGCGGGUGGCAGGACCGCGGGCUCAUGUUCAGCGGCAGCGAGGACGAGGUCGACCUCUACGCGGAGCUGCUCAAGGUCGGGGAGAACCCGCUGACGGUGACGGAGGAGGACGCGCCGAAGAAGAGAUACAAGGCCUACAGGAAGUGGCUGAGGGGCAAGUCCUUCUUCAAGCAGCAGCCCCUGGACUGA